GCCGUGAGCUUGUAAUGCGAUAAUUGCUUUGUGCGUUUACUAAGUCACCUGGGACUUUUCUGGGGUUUAUUAUUUUUUUUUUCUUUCUAAUAUUGUUUCCUAUGUUACUUGUUUGCACAAGUCAAUAUUGUCAGUAAUGAUCCACAAAGGCACCAAGACAAGGAGAUAAUAAAUCUUCAGCUUCUUCUAGGAUGGGUUAAUGUUUCCAGAUAAUUCCAUUGUUUUUUUUUUUUGUUUUUUUUUAAAGGGAUCUAAAACCCAAAGUGCUCAAUUUAAACAGCACCAACUGAUUGGGAAAUAAUUCCCCAGCUCAGCUGGAGCCAUAGCUUGGCUAAUGUAGCCUAAAUAUUGCAAUAAUGCCUUUUUCAAUUCACAACAAUUAGUUUUCAUGUGAACAAUCCCUACAGCUAAUAAAGGGCAGCCAUUUUCCCGGAGACCAGGGUUUUAAUUGCAGCCUGAGGAACUGGCUCCAAGAAAUAGCUUACAGUAAGGGAGACACUUUCAGUGACGUCACUGGAGCCGCAGCCAAUCAGCGCCCAGGUAAGUGUGAAGCUUCUCCCUGAGCUUGGCUCCAGGUGCCAGUUGUAGGAAGAGGUCGCGCCUGGUCGCCAGCAGCAUGGCGCUCUCCUUCUCCCAGCAGAUGAUGCUGUCAGUGUCCCUGGCACUCUUUGCAUGUGUCAUGUUACCCCGGUUAUUUGGAGGCAAGGGAGACGUGAAUAUGAAGGCUGAUCCCAGGAAGAUGGUCCCUGUCAACUCUCGCCCACCCAGAGGUAGAUGUGCACUGGGGGGGGAUAUUAUUUAUCUGGAAUAGACAAGGGAAGGGGAGGGCUGCACUCUGGGGACCUGCAUGUUCAAUCUUUUGAAACACAGACCUGCCAGAUUAAUUAUUAUAAUGUUUUCCUGGACAUAUUACUUUUACAUGUUGUUGGGCAUCACAUGCAAAAAGGAUGUCUUACAUUUUACAUGGCUACCUAAAAUCACAUAUCUUGGAAACCAAAUAUAGGGAUUUAUUUCCUCCAACCUAUAUUUUGUAUACAUUGUAUCUGUAUUUGGCAUACAUUGUAUCUGUAUGUUGUGUUAGAGCAGCACUACCGUUGAGAAAUGCAUGUUCAAGGUGUGUUCCCAGUUCCCCCCAUUUUUUUUUUUAUUUUUUUUUUAAAAGAAAGGUGCCCCCUGACAGUAUGUAGCAUUGAAAUGCUACGGCUAGGAUGUCACCUCAUUAACUACUGCAUAUGAUUGCUACAUGCUGUCUUGGGGGAAAAAAGGGAUGCAGUCCAGGAAAACUUUGUCAGCUUUAACUGUUUGACUUGCACGAGGUUUAGUUUAUGUAAUUGCAAUUGAUCCGUAAAGUUACAUCGUUUUUUUUUUUUUUUUUUUCGUUUUCUUUUUUUUUUCUUAUACAAAUGAUUUGAUCCGUUUUUGCAAAAAUUUGAUAUUUGAUAUUGUUUAUGUAGGUAAGAUGAGUUGUUGUCACUUUAAAUACUUAAUAAAGAAGGAAGGAUACAUAUUUGAUUACCUUUUACUAAAUUCAAAUAAAUGUUCCAGAUUUUCUAUUUAGUACUGAGAAUCAGGGACUUUAAACCUUUUGGUAGGUUUAGUUUUGAGAGUGCUGUGUUCAUGUCAUAUAUAUAUAUAUAUAUAUAUAUUUUUUUUUUUUAAAGAAAUUGUAUAUUUAUAUAUUUACAAUAGUGUAUACGGAUUUUAGAUUUCAUUAAUUUAAUAAAUAUUUUUUUAUUUUUAAUAUUUGAAAUGUUUGUGCAAGCUCUUAAUAGACCAACAUAGCAAAGUGCAUGUCCUGAUAAAACAUUUAUUUAAAUCCUGUUCAUCAAGGUAGUUACAACAAGUGUGUAUGUUGUACAUGACUACUUUUUAUGACCAACUGGUAAAUCAAACUGAACUCUUUUUUGACCAACUGAAAUCAAACACUGAAUAAUGUGUUUUUACCAUAUGGGUGGACAAGCAACCGGAGUUGUAUUUACUCAGAGCUGCAAAGCCAUUACUGUAAUAGCUAGAGUAUUCCUUAUAAAACAUCAUGUUUAACAGUUAAAACAUGUGACCCCUGAGCUAAUUGCUCCAGGCAGGUAACCUGUUCUAUGGAAAAUGCUGAAAUACAUGUAAUACAUGCUUGAGGAGGUUUAAAUUCUUUCAAAGGUAUAGUGAGUUUAACGCCAAUGCACCCCCGGCAGCAUAAGGGGAGUCAUUGGGUGUUUCGUCUGGUUAAUGUCAGUUCUGUACAUAUUUCUGUGCACAAAGUUGCAUUCAUUGGUUGAGAGCAGUCAGCUGAUGCUUUUCAGCCAAUGAAUGGAUGGCGGAUUAGCGUCUGACUAUAGAGGACACUACGUGCUCAGCAGGGAUUCAGGUAAUUAGGCACACCGGUUUGCCCAGUGACUGGGAUACAGGUACAAAACCAAAAAAGGAGGCACAGUUUGUGGCGCUAGAGGACAGCUGCUAGAACACACUAGUGGGGUUUAAUCAUAAAAAUCCCACAGAAACCAAAACACAACAAUACAAAGAAGUGUGCAGCAUAUGUAAUAGAUUCACAAAGAUAUAUAUCAGUGAUGCUUCCACCUUAGGUGAAUGUGUAAAUCAAAAUAAAAAUAAGGAUAAAUACCCUAAUAUAAUAGAUGUCAGUAGGAAUAAACCCUGUACAUAAAGAACAGAAGAAUCAUAGCAUAAUACUGCAAUAGUCAGCAAAGAUCUAAUAUAGUAGUCUAUAUAGUCCAACUCACAUAUGGUGGAGCCUGUUAACAGAGGAACUGGCUCAGGUAGUGUCACUUUAAGAAACAUUCUUAGGUGAAUUCCAAAAGGAUGAAGCUUGGCCCUCAAUGUAUAGGAGGAACAGGAUAGGCAAACACCAGUUAGAAGUAUAACAACAGUAUCAUUUAUUAAAAAAUAUAUAAAAUCUUACAUUCAGAAUUCUGGGAUGCCAACAAGGAGCACAACACGUUUCGACGCUAAAAUACGUCUUCCUCAGGUGCAUUCUGAGACAUAUUUUCGGAAGACUUAUUUUAGCGUCGAAACGCUAAGGAUUAAUGAACUGUCAAUUGCUAAAAAGUAAUAUUUCCUGUUUAAUUACAUUUAAUGUGUUAGUUGGAAGGUUCUUUCCACGGGAGUUUAAGUUGCUCAUCAUACACCCACACCUGAUACACAUCAUGUAAUGCAGUGAGUUAUGCAGGGUGUGUUGAGUUUUUUUUAUUAUUUAUUUUUGUGUUUUCCAUAAUGCAUUAUUUAUGUGAUGCAUUAAAAAUGGUAAAACCAACCCUGAAGUGGCCUUUUAAGAUGAGUUCCGUAGGCGACACAUGCAACUUUAUGAUAAGUGUCUUGCCACACUCAGGCCAAAAAAAUAAUCUUAACGUUAAUGAUCUUAAAAUCCGCAGGGCAUUUUACCAAUACGAUGUUGGGCCAAAUAAUUUUUAGCUGAAAAUGCUAUGGUUUAUGUACUGUUUUUUGUCUUGCUGUGUGGUAGCUAAUUCUUCAUAAUUGUUUUUAUAUUUCAACAUUUUCCCCUUCCCGUGUCUCGAAGCUGCCAGAAUUUUAGGGAAUUUUGAUCCCUUCUAAUUGAUGAAAUCUGUCAAUAGGGCCCAUAAGAAUGUUUAAAUUUAGAUGAGCAUAAUGGAAUUUAAUGUUAACAGGACGUUUUACCCCAAACAGUCGAUAUUAUUACUUUUAGAGGCUUCAUUUAUCCGUUGAAGGCUUUUAUUUGUUGUGUGACAUUGCAGCCAUCUGAUAUGUGAAUGGAGUAAUGGACAUGGGCAUACAUUGAGUUAAAUGGAAAGGGAGAUAAACCUUUUAAGAAGCUUUGUGCUUAUUUCCAGGAAUAAAUGCACUUUGGGUGCAAAUUGUGUAACCAGAGAAGACUUCUGAUAAAUGGAUGUUAGUGUGAGAUUGUGGCUAAUUGAAUUUUCACUCUCACAUUAUUACAUUUGCCAAAGGGAGAUCAAAAGGAGAAAAUGGGCUUCUCAGUCAUCCUAUUCAAUGCAGAAUAGCUUAAGUUGUUUCCUUACUCCUGUAGUUUCUUCAACUUGGAACACUGUCAGCUAUUUUCUUAUGAAAUCAACCUCUUUGACUUUAGUGUUUUGAUUGACAGAUAUGAAACUUGUGUUCAUACAGAGAAUUUGAGAUGUUAUCCUGGUACUUCAAAUCAUAAUUCUUUAGGUACUCGGAAAAUAUAUCAUUUUAAUGCUAUCUGCAAACAUUGGUAAAUAUCUCUCAUGGGGCUGAGUUCAAGAUUACAAAGAAUAACAAAGACGACCAACAGACAUUGAGCAGAUACUGAAAUGUUGAUCUAACCGCAUUCCUUCCAUUACAGGAGGCCCUGGAGCACAUUUUAUGGUAGGUAAUGACUGACUGUAAAAGACUGUAAAAGUUUGGGGGGUAUUUUUGCUAAAAAAAACCAAAAUGGUAUUUAUAUCUUUAGGUAUUUCCCUGAUUGUGCUCUUUACUAAUCGCUUACCUGCACGAUUAUCUUUACCUUUUUUUUCCCCCAUUGUCCUAUUUAGAAAUGCAUGAUCAAGGCCCUAUGCAAAUAGAAAGACCAGAUACGAAGUUGUACCCGGACAUUAAACAUUUAAAACAUGCAAUGGAGAAGGAAAUGAAGGCUGAGAAGAUGAACAGUAGCGGAAGAAGCUUUGCAUUCACCCUAAUGCCACUGUAUACGAUAGGGGUAGCUGUCUUUGCAGCUUACAAAUUCACAAAAGUAAGUAUUAAUAAUUACUAAUAUGAUAGUCUAACACUAUUGCUGUUUGUAUAUUUAAUUUGAUUAAUUGGCCCCUAUUUAGCAUUAAUUGGUUGUAUUCAAAAAUGUUCAGAAACACCUACCUAGUAGCAGAAUGCCAAAGGAUGGACAUUUAUAGGUUUUGUUUUUCUUUUCUUUCAGAAAAUCUUUAAAAAAAAAUGUUUUAUUCAUAUUUGCAGGUUAUUAAUAAAGUGAUCUUUAUAGGAACCUGAAUAAUCAACCUGAGAUCUGUAUGUUUUAAGGAACUGCCUAAGUAUUAAAUUCAAUCCGUGUUAAUGAAAUAGUUUUUGGGCAUAGAUGCUGCCUGUGCAGCCUUGCAAAUGAAAACCUUGACAACUUGUAACAUUUUGCACUUUCCACACCUACUAGUGGCUAUCAGAAAGCCAGCCUCUAAGAGCUUCAGACUAGAAUAGAUUCAGAUAUUGUAUAUAUUUUACGUCCAGUCAUCAGUUUUGAUGAUUUAAUUUUAAAAAGUAUCGGACUUUGAUGGUUCAGUUUCAAGAAAUCAAAAUAUUUAAUCCCUUAAAGGGACACUAUAGUCCAGGUCAGAAGAUUGUCGCACAAGCCCUACACACUCGCACGAUGGGACUCUCUCAUGCAGAUACCGUUGAUCUGGUUUUGCCUAAUACGCACCCCAACAUGACUUUGUGCAGCAUCUUAUAAUGUGUUAUGUUCAUUUAUUUCACAUGUAAUUUAAGUGUGAACCUUAAUGCAUACUAAAGUCACUAACGACCAGGAAAGCCUGUACCAAAACUGCUUCAUUACUAAUUAAAGAAUUGCAUAUUAAUGUAUGCUUUUAGUGUGCAUACUGCUACAUUCUUUUGUAAUCAAACAGUUUCACAACCUACAAUAGUGAGCACUGUGGCACCCCUGGCACCAUAGCCACUAUAGUGUGUUUCCAUCAAUGUGUAUAUGCAACCUGCAGAAAAACAAUUCAACAUACCGCAAAGAAUUCCUCAUUUAGAGACUGUUCCUGCUAAGCACUUCUUGGUGAAUCCAGAAACAGAUUAAAUAAAAAAAAAAAUCCAAUGAAUACCGUGUGCAAUUUGUAGAGCAGCUUUAAGUUCUUCUAGUACACACCAAAUGAUGAAAGCAGCCUUUAAGUUAAAUGGUGACCGGUUUGAUUGUGCAAAAGGAAUAAAAUAAUAGCACUAGCAUCAUUCUAGACAAUUCAAAUGGAUCUGAGUAAAAAGUAAAUUAAACGCUAAAUUUUUGUACAAGAGACACUAGUGAAAGAACCACAGCACCUGACACACUCUUUACCUAACAAACUGCUCUCAAUCCUGUCUCGCCAUGUUGAUCUCCCAUAACCCAUCUCUUUUUGUUGUUCUAAAGAUUCCUUUCUUAACUAUCUGGGGAGCAGGUAUAUUAUGCUGUGGGACACAAGUAACCAGUAAUUAACUUCCUUGUUGCACACACCUUAUUUUUUAUGUGUGUCUUCAUUUUUUUUUAUUUUUACCUCCUUGUUUUCUUAUUAAUAUUUAGCUCUGAGCCUGCCUUUAAUCUUGUCAACUCUCUGUUGUGUAAAAUAUUUCUCACAGAUUGGCAGGGCAUACACUGAUCAGCCACAACAUUAAAACCACUGACCGGUGAAGUGAAUAAUCUUGAUUAUAGCAUUACACCACUGUCAUUGGCUGUGAUAUAUUAGGCAGCACGUGAACACAUUAAUUUAAUGUGGUGGAGGCAGCAAAAAUAGGCAAGCGAAAAGAUAAGUGAAUUGGAUCAGGGCCAAACAGUUAUGGCUAAUUGACUGGGUCAGAGCAUUUCCAAAAUGGCAAGUCUUGUGGGGUGUUCCCGGUAUACAGUGGUUAUUACCUACCAAAGGUGGUGCAAGGAAGGAAAACCAGUAAACCAGCAUCAGGGUCAUCGUCUCCCAAGGCUGAUGCACACGGGGAGCAAAGGCUAGCCCAUCUGGUCCAAUCACACAGAGGAGCUAGUGUAGCUCAAAUUGCUGAAAUAAAUAAUGCUCACCAUGAUCGAAAGGUGUCAGAAUACACAAAGCAUUGCAGUUUGGUGCAUAGCCACAGACUGAUCAGAGUGCCUAUAAUGACCUCUAUCCAUCGCAGAGUGUCUUCAAUGGGUAUGUGAGCGCCAGAACUGGAUUAUGGAGCAAUGGAAAAUGGUUGCGUGGUCUGGCGAAUAACGUUUUCUUUUAGAUUUGGUGGAUGGUCAGGUGACCUUGUGCUCUGGCAUUCAUGUGAUUGUUCUUUUGACACAUACCACUUACCUAGAGAUUGUUGCAGACCAUGAACAUCCCUUCAUGGCAAUGGUGUUCCCCGAUGGCACUGGGCUCUUUCAGCAGGAUAAUGUCAGACUGCGAAAAAAUUUCAGGAAUGGUUUGAGUAACACGACAUAGAGAUCAAGGUAUUGCCUUGGCCUCCAAAUUCCCCAGAUCUCAAGCCAAUUGAGUAUCUGUGGAAUGUGCUGAAACAACAAAUCCGAUCCAUGGGCCCACACCUCGCAACUUGCAGGACUGAAAGGAUCUGCAACUAAUGUCUGGGUGCCAUAUACCACAGGACACGUUCAGAGGUCUUGUGGAGCCGUACACAAACUCCGAUUUGGAGAGAAAGUUAUUACAAGGGAUACUGUAAAUUGAUCCCAAAUUCCUAAUGCAUAAGUUUAUGUAGGCAGUAAGUUUGUAUUCAUAUAGAUAUAUAGUUUAGCAUUAGGCAGCAUCUCCAUCUGCUGGCUGCACCACUCCUGUAACUAUAACCAUUUGGACAGGCAAUGGCAUACCUACCUUUCUCCCAUUAUGUCUCUGGGCAUGAGGCAGGAUUUAUUGCUGCAGUUAUAAACAACUGUGUACUGUAUAUAAUAAAUGGGAGACUCCAUUCACCAUAACCCAUGCAAGAGGCAUAAUUUGUUAUUGUGCUUGUAGUGUCUUGUUAAAAUACUUAUGUUGAUGAGUAUUUGUGAAGUUAGAAGCUGGAUAUGCCCAUUCAUGGAGGUACACAUAGGAGAUUGCGAAUCCAUGUCUUCAUUUUGGGGAUUGGGGACUUAGCAUGCCAUGUAUGCUUUAUGGAUCAAAUAGCGAUUUGGGACUGGGCAUUCUCACCCUCUUUUUGUGGUUAAGCAAAGAGGACUGGUAAACAGAGGGGGACAUGUGCAGACUCCUUCUUGUUUGUCCGCGUUUUGGGACUCCGUUUUGUGUAGUUCUACAGGUACUCUGGGAUUGUGUCUGUGUGUUAGAAGAAUUUUAUUAGUCAUGCAUACUUGCAGAGUUCACGUGAAUACUUUAGAAGCAGGUUUUGAUAGAAAUAAAAUUUAUGUAUGUGUUUGGUUUUUUUUUUUGUUUUUUUUUAAUCAAAAUAAAAAUAGCUUAACAUAUUGCAUUAUGAUCAACACAAACUAUGGAAUCUAUUUUUUCAUUUUAAUUUUUUCACGAUGACAUUUUAACUUUUUUUUUUUUUUGAGACACAACUAAUAACAUGGUUCAGUUGAAAGAUUUGAGCUCUUGAACUGAGCUCUUGAUGUUUGAUAAAACAAUGUAUACACAUAAUUUUAAAUGAAAUGAAUAGUGUUGAACUUCAAGAUAUUAAAAAUUAACACAUUGUUCUACUUGUUUUUUUUUUUUUUUCCUUUAUUUUAUAUUUUGUAGAUCAAGACCAAAGAGAAGAAUCAAUCACAAAGUGAAAAAGAAGCUGAUAAAAAGUCAAAGGAAACAGGUAGAAUUUUUGUUGUUGCUACAUUAUUUGCGCCUACAUUUUUCAGCGUAAACAAACCCUCCAGAUUGCGUUUUACUCUAUUUGUUUUAAUUCGGAAACUAUACAUAUUGCAAGAGCACUUUUUGCUGCCUAUAAAUGUAGUAAAUGUAUUGAUUAAGAGUUGUACUUAUCUGGGUAUUGGGUAUGCGUCAUCCAAGACGGCCACUAGAAACAGACAUCCAAUAUUACUCCCUGCAAGGAUCAGUGCAUGACACAAUCACUACAGAUGCUUACAUGUAUUUUGGUGUCAGGGUUGUGCAUAAAAGCACAAUAAAAUAACUUUUUGUCCAAACAUACACUUGCUAAAUAUCUGGUACCUUGCAACUCAGGAAACUUAUUAAAUCCUACUCUAAGAAGUUACAACCAGAAUUGGAAUCCCUUAUACUUAGCAACCAAUCCCUGCAUGGGUACUUUUCUACAUCCUUUCAAAAAUCCACAAAGCAGGUAACCCCGGGAUAUUACAGGUAUGGGAACACUUACAAAACAGAUCUCAGGACUGGUUGAAAAUACUUUAAAACCUCUUGUCACCAACAGCUUUAUAAAAGACACCACUGACUUCCUUAACAAUUUCAACCAACUCACCAACUUUCCUGAUAACACCAAGGACAUGGAAUCUCAGUAAAGCAACGCUCCACAUAAAGAUGGUAUAUUGCUUUUUUUUUUCCAUUUUCUCUUGAGCACUGACCAUUAAAAAUAUAGCCCACAAAUCAUCACAAAACUAGCAGAAUUCACCGUCAUUAUUUUAGUUUCAGCAGCAAGGUCUAUCUACCAACCACGGGUUCUACAAUGGUACCCUGGUAUGCCACCUGUAACAACAAGACCUACUGCAUCAAAGUGCUCAAAAUGAAUUUCAGAAAUCCCCAGGACAGAAAAAUAUUUAAACCCAGAAUAUUCCGAUGUUUCAAUAGCAGAAAGAGAGGACUAAAUGUUGAUUUGAGUUUCCAGUCCCACUACCAAAUUGUACAUGACCUCACCUACCACACACCCUUUUAUCAUAAAUACCCGUACCUUAAGAUGCAUUGUAAUUCCAGAGUGUAUUAUAUCUGCAUGUAUGGUAAUGUGUGUGUGUAUAUUUAUCUUGCCUCUGCUUAGUACAAAAUGCUGAAUGACAAUCAUAUUUGUUGAGUGAAUAUUGCACCGUAGAUCUCAGUGUUGAACACAAGUCAAAUAUUGAUUAUAGAAAUCUUCCUUCCCCCUAGACUUUCAUUCCAAAAGUGUUUGUUUGCAAAUAUGUCUUGUCUGCUUUUCUUUGUAAAUCCUUAUGUACUAGAAUUAAGACUCUAUAUGUACAAUAUUUAACUAUAGCAUGUCUGUGGAUAUAAUUAUUUGAAACAUUUCAGAAACCCAGCUCCUACAGCUAGAACAGCACCUGUCACAGACUGAACAAAUGCUGAAUUCUUUAUUGACACAGCUGGACCCGCUUUCUAACUGGUAAGUACUUCUUGCAAUUUUAAAAUAGUAUGAUCAUUGUUACAAAUCCAGUGUUUUGCUACCCUUACUUUAUUUAUUACUGUAUAAAAAAAAGAAUACCAUAGUGUAGUCCUACUCGGCCAUCUAUUCAUCUGUACUAUUUGGCUUAUCAGACGUUUCAUUAAAAUGCUCUUCUUUCUUUAUUUCCUUCACUACCUUCCCUACAUCUAGUUGUGCGGGAUAAGUUUUCAAGUAAAAUAUAGAUGUUGUGUUAGGAUUGUAUAUCAGAGACUAUAACUAAAAGUGAUCCCUAGCAUAGAAGCUUCGGGAGCACCAAAAAGAGUUCUCUGGGUAUUGCAGUUAUAUAUAUACAAAAAAUAAAAUAAAAAACACCUUUAUUAUAGGGCAUAGAUUCCCAAGAAAAAAGUAAACUUAAAUAAAAAACUAUCACACAGGGAGACCUAGGGUCUAUGUGAGGAGGGAUAAAUAGGUAUGGAGUGAUGCUCAGAGAUAACCAAUAAUACAGUAUUAUAGUUCUCAGUAAUAAAAUAUAUCUUCCAUACACUCUAUACUAUCCAUGGAUAAAAAUAUCCUUAAAGGACCACUAUUGUGCCAGGAAAACAUACUCGUUUUCCUGGCACUAUAGUGCCCUGAGGGUGCCCCCACCCUCAGGGUCCCCCUCCCGCCCGGCUCUGGAAGUGGGAAAGGGGUAAAAACUUACCUUUUUCCAGCGCUGGGCAUUCAUAAUGCUUUCCUAUGGACGCUGGCGUGCUCUCACUGUGAAAAUCACAGUGAGAAGCACGCAAGCGCCUCUAGUGGCUGUCAAUGAGACAGCCACUAGAGGAAAUAGGGGAAGGCUUAACCCAUUCAUAAGCAUAGUAGUUUCUCUGAAACUGCUAUGUUUAUGAAAAAAUGGGUUAAACCUAGCUGGACCUGGCACCCAGACCACUUCAUUAAGCUGAAGUGGUCUGGGUACCUAGAGUGGUCCUUUAAUGAAAAACUAAAUGCAACGGAUAGUUAAAUAGCUCCUAAUGUAUUGAUUGCUCAAAGUAGCACUUAGUAAUGAUCUAUGGAUACAAAGUAUCCUUGCUUGUCUGUUAAUAAGCUACCAAGCAGCAGGUUAGAUAGCUAGCAGAAUAUCCACUGCUCAGACCUUUAAGAGUAUCAGAUACCUAUUAGCCAUAAACUAUUAGAUUGUAUCUUUAGAUACUACAGAAUUCCUUGAACUUAAGCUAAGCAUCUGAACUCAAAAGAAGCCUACUAAAGUCCCUUUAUAUAAAUAAUAUAGCUUAAGAAAUAUACAUAAUCCUCACACUAGAUAGACUCCUUCUAAUGUCUCCUUCCCACCCAGUGUGCACAUCAAUCAGUGCUGUGGUUUAAAAACAAAAAAAGCAUAAGUCCUAACGCACGUUUCUUCGCUGCUAAAGCGCCUUUGUCAAAGGUAAGUAAGGUACUGAUCGGCUGGUAAAUUUAUACCGUGUGAUGAACCCUUCAGAGCCAAUCUGAAUCGCGAACGUGUAUACCUAGCUUGUGCCAAAAUCAAAGGCAAUCUGUGUAGCUUGGAGGUCCGUCUACCUCCUCCCCCUGGGCGCUUACUAGGGACGGGCUCUUCACCAUAUUUGAAUUUAUUGAUCAUUACACCAGCUUUUGUGAAUGGAGCUCUCGUCCCUCCCCUGUACCGCCCAUUGAGGUGUGUCAAAAGGCGGACCCAUUCCUCGUACAACAAAUACAAGUAACAUAUGCACUGUAGAUACCAUGUGUAACCGGGGAGAUCGUUCAGCCCAUGUAUCACACACCUGGGCAUAUUAAUGGGCAAAUCUGAAACUCCGUAUGUAAAGAAUGUUAAUAAUAGUAGUGAUUCCUGUAAAACACAACUAUUGUUCCCAACUUGUUCCAAUACCAAGAUUGGACACAUAUUUAGGUAUGCUAGCAUAAUAAAGUAUUACUUUCUCAAAUGGAAAUUACCAGAGGACAGUAAGAAACAAAAGCACUGUCAAGGUGAUUACACAUAUGUUGAUAAUAUAUAGUAUGCAUUGAUUUAUUGUAUAAUGUUGCACUACUCUUAUAUUCUUAAAGGAGUAUAUCCCCCUAGUAUAUUAUCUUUUAUAUACAGGGAGUGCAGAAUUAUUAGGCAAAUUAGUAUUUUGACCACAUCAUCCUCUUUAUGCAUGUUGUCUUACUCCAAGCUGUAUAGGCUCGAAAGCCUACUACCAAUUAAGCAUAUUAGGUGAUGUGCAUCUCUGUAAUGAGAAGGGGUGUGGUCUAAUGACAUCAACACCCUAUAUCAGGUGUGCAUAAUUAUUAGGCAACUUCCUUUCCUUUGGCAAAAUGGGUCAAAAGAAGGACUUGACAGGCUCAGAAAAGUCAAAAAUAGUGAGAUAUCUUGCAGAGGGAUGCAGCACUCUUAAAAUUGCAAAGCUUCUGAAGCGUGAUCAUCGAACAAUCAAGCGUUUCAUUCAAAAUAGUCAACAGGGUCGCAAGAAGCGUGUGGAAAAACCAAGGCGCAAAAUAACUGCCCAUGAACUGAGAAAAGUCAAGCGUGCAGCUGCCACGAUGCCACUUGCCACCAGUUUGGCCAUAUUUCAGAGCUGCAACAUCACUGGAGUGCCCAAAAGCACAAGGUGUGCAAUACUCAGAGACAUGGCCAAGGUAAGAAAGGCUGAAAGACGACCACCACUGAACAAGACACACAAGCUGAAACGUCAAGACUGGGCCAAGAAAUAUCUCAAGACUGAUUUUUCUAAGGUUUUAUGGACUGAUGAAAUGAGAGUGAGUCUUGAUGGGCCAGAUGGAUGGGCCCGUGGCUGGAUUGGUAAAGGGCAGAGAGCUCCAGUCCGACUCAGACGCCAGCAAGGUGGAGGUGGAGUACUGGUUUGGGCUGGUAUCAUCAAAGAUGAGCUUGUGGGGCCUUUUCGGGUUGAGGAUGGAGUCAAGCUCAACUCCCAGUCCUACUGCCAGUUCCUGGAAGACACCUUCUUCAAGCAGUGGUACAGGAAGAAGUCUGCAUCCUUCAAGAAAAACAUGAUUUUCAUGCAGGACAAUGCUCCAUCACACGCGUCCAAGUACUCCACAGCGUGGCUGGCAAGAAAGGGUAUAAAAGAAGAAAAUCUAAUGACAUGGCCUCCUUGUUCACCUGAUCUGAACCCCAUUGAGAACCUGUGGUCCAUCAUCAAAUGUGAGAUUUACAAGGAGGGAAAACAGUACACCUCUCUGAACAGUGUCUGGGAGGCUGUGGUUGCUGCUGCACGCAAUGUUGAUGGUGAACAGAUCAAAACACUGACAGAAUCCAUGGAUGGCAGGCUUUUGAGUGUCCUUGCAAAGAAAGGUGGCUAUAUUGGUCACUGAUUUGUUUUUGUUUUGUUUUUGAAUGUCAGAAAUGUAUAUUUGUGAAUGUUGAGAUGUUAUAUUGGUUUCACUGGUAAUAAUAAAUAAUUGAAAUGGGUAUAUAUUUGUUUUUUGUUAAGUUGCCUAAUAAUUAUGCACAGUAAUAGUCACCUGCACACACAGAUAUCCCCCUAACAUAGCUAAAACUAAAAACAAACUAAAAACUACUUCCAAAAAUAUUCAGCUUUGAUAUUAAUGAGUUUUUUGGGUUCAUUGAGAACAUGGUUGUUGUUCAAUAAUAAAAUUAAUCCUCAAAAAUACAACUUGCCUAAUAAUUAUGCACUCCCUGUAUUUAGUUUGUGGGUUCCAAUUCACAGUGGGUGCAGGGAUUUGCUCAUUGUCAGUAUCUGAUGUCUCAUAAUCCUAUGUAACAUACUGAUCAGAGUCUACCCUUGUAGUUUUAAUAAAGCGUCUAUACACUUUACCCUUUCUAUAAUCCUCAUUAUCUCUCAAAAAUGUCCUAUGUUUACGGCUUUUUAUAGUAUUUUGAUAUUUAUUGAGAUUCUGUUGUAGUCUCUGUUCUUGACCUGUAAAAGAGGGAUCAUCCUUACAACUUUGAAUGCCCUCUACUGCUAACUUAAAUUUUUCAUCUACUGCUUUCAACCUAUCUGAUUCGAAUCUGUGUAGGAUAUCCAUGAACUUUUUAGAGCAGGUAUCUGCUGCUUCUUCCCAUUCCUUUAGAAGAGCCGGAUCAUCCAUUUCAAUAUUGGAAGUGGUCUGAAUUCUAAGCCCUCUCGGUAUCAUUGAUUUGCUUAGAUACUUCUGUAGUGAAGUCACUUCCCACCGCAACCUAAUUUGUUGCUUGCACAGAUUCGACAAGGUUCUAAAUUUAAAAUUUAUAUUGUCCUGUUCAGGUAAAUAAGUCAUGUCCUUAUCAGAAAAUACUGACUCAACAUCUGUACACCAUUGAUUAGAUUCUUUCAACUGGGAUAGAAAGUUUGCCAUGUUUGAGAUAUAGAGUCACUCUGCACUUAAGUAUAUAUAUAUUGACACACUUUAAUGGUAUUGAAACCGUUAUAAAUAGAUUAAAGUAGAACAUACAGGAUGCAAAAUUCCUAAAUAUUGGAAUCUGCAGUGUGUCCACAGAACCCUAUAGAGGGGAUAACCCUUGGAUGUAUACAAAACACUAUAACUAAAAGUAAUCCCUAGCAUAGACGCUUUGGGAGAACCAAAAAGAGAUAAUCAAAAGGCUGUGGAAUUUGGCAGCCAAAGGGAUUGGUCUCUGAUUUAUUUAUAUGUAUUUUUUUUUUUAAGUCUGGCAACAUUAUCACCAUAUCAACAUAAAAUAAUCUGACACUUGUAGUAGUAUUUCCAGGAAUUCUAGCUCCUGAUAUUUGCCAAAUGCCUCUGUAUUUGGAGAAUAUUCUCACAGGUUAGUCAGAAAACUUUAACAGGGCUAUUUAUAAAAAUGAGAAUUGCUGGCAAUUCAAAGAUAAUUAAAAUGUAAAGCCAACUAUAAAUGACCUGAACUAUAAGCACAACUGACUUGGAGAAUUUCUCCAGUUCAGCUACUUUUGGCCUGAUAUUUAAAAUCCACUUUGAAUUCCCCACAAUUCUUACUUUAGUAACUAAACCUACAAGCGAUAUAUUGUGGAUCCAUAUGAUUCUUAAAAUGUGCAUUUUGGCAGCUUAUCUCCAUAUGGCUGUCUUAAUUGUGAGAUAAAUAUUCUACUGACAUUUUGGCCUAAUACAGUAUAUGUAUAUUGGGGAUGAACUGUAGAAGAGACGAUGCAUAGUUUAGUGCUUUUUAGAAAUGACAUGAAGAAACAAAAUCCUUGCAGAACAUAAUCAGUUGUCUGCAUGUAUUUGUUUUCCUUGUAAUAUACACCUAUAACUACUUAUAAGAGAUGAAACCAAUUUGUAGUUUUGUGAUAUUUCCUUCUAGUGUUAAUACAUUGGCUAGCGGUCAAAGAGAUGACAUCAUGAAUCAGCUCCAGUCCAUCAGACAGUUAAUGAAGAAGAGUGGAAUGGACAGAACUUCUCUUGGUAACACAUGUACAACAUUAUAUUGUUCCUACCUUCACCUAAAUAUAAUGCUUUUGGCUAUGCUUUUCACAUGAUUUUUUUUAUGUAUACUGUAUACUGCAUAUGCCCAUUGUAAAGUGUCAAACUAUUUCAGAACAGUUUGUCUUCUUACCUAGGCUCCGCUGGGGCAGCUCCGACCUCUAUUACAGCUCAGCAGUUGCUUCCUCUUGUAACUGGGCUGUAGAAGAGGCAGAGAGCAGCAAACUGUGGACCCUGGGUAAUAAGUCAAUCUGUUCUAAAAUGGCUUGACUCCUUAUAAUGGGGAGAAUGAGCUCAUUAUAAGGGGGGGAGCUGAACUGUUUAUGGUGCUUGGAGAUUAUUUUAACAAUCUAGUUCUGCUAAUUUACUUUAUUUUAAUUUGUUUAAUCCUAAACAAACAGAACCAGUGGGUUAGCCAAGUGGAAUUAAGUUUUUUUUUUUUUUUUUUUCUCUUCUAAAUCUGCUAAUUGGGCCUCUAAUUUGCAAUUCCCAUCUUGAUUCAAUACAAUUUGCGUUUACUGAAUAAGCCCUCUCAAGACAACAAACUGGAAUAAAAGCCAACAAUGAUAAUAUGUAAAGGAUGAGGGAUUGGACAGAGUUUUGGAGAUCUUCAAAAAAGACAAAUACAUUAUAGCAAAGAAAAUGAAAGCGUUUUUUACUCUACUCUAAUGCUAUAAUACACAUCAGGAGAGAUAGAAAAUUCUUAAUGUGGUAUUGUCUUUUUAGAUAAGGGUAGCUAGACAUACCUCUAAAUAUCCCUCACUCGGCUGCAUAGUAACAUAAAAAAAAUAUAUUUUUUUUUCCCUUCAUAUAGAAAUCAUCAUAAAUGCUUGAAAUCGUUAACUUCUUUUCAUUCUUUCAUAGAUAACAAAACCUGCGAAGAUGCACUUGAAGACCUUAUCCUUUCAUUUAAUGAGCAGGAAAAAGACUUGUAUGAAAGAGUUGAUGAAGAAGAGGAGGAGGAGGAGGAGGAGGAAAAUGAUGAACAAUCUCUAGAUCCCGAAGGGACAAGUUUAAUGCAAUAUGACAUUUCAGAGCCAUCAAAUCUAAACACAGCUGUGGAUUCUUCGGAACUCGAAGGCCAUGAUGAAUUUGAUAUUAUACCAGGCCAGGAAUCUAGUGUCUUAAGGAAGCGCAAUAAAAAAGAAUGAGUCUUUCACAAAAAAAACAUGCCUUGCAUUCUGCAUGAAUCUCCUGAACUAGCAUUAUGUUAACAUAUUUCAUUACAUGUGAUGGUUGCUAAGUUAUUGGUGUAGAGAACUUUCUAAAUGAUUCAUUCAUCUGACACUAAUGAAUAUUUUUAAGAUGAGUAUCAGAGAAUUGCAAACUGUGGGCCAAAGUGAGGGGAAAAAGUCCUUUUCAACUUGGCAUUGUGGUGCAAAUCCUGUUAUUUCUGAGGUUAGGUCUCAUCAUAUACCGAAUAACUGAAUAAACUCUACGGUACCCGCAGUCUUUGUUUACUAGGGUGGUCUUGUAAACCCAGUUCACCUACAAUUAGCACUGCCUACCCUGAUUUAGCAUUUUUCUGUAUCUAUUUAUUAGGGUGUUUUAAAGCACACACCAAUUUUAAUCACCAAGUAGAUUAUAUUGGUUUAUUGGGUAAUAUAAAGCAGAUCUGUUAAGCUUUUAAGAUAUAAUCUUUAUGAAAUGGUCAUGUUGACUGUGUUGGAAUCUCACUGAACUUCUAAUGCAGUAAAAAUAUGACAAACUAGGGACUAUUUUGUCCUAUGGAAUUUGUCCUAUUUGUGACAAAAAGGUGGAGCAACCUCUGACAAUUUUUUAACAAUUAUCCCAGCCAUCACUCUUGAUGGUAGUGUGGAAAGAGGCAUUGUCUAUGGAGCCUCUAACAGGAUCCUCCAUAAACCUCAAUGUACUCUUACGCAUGUGCAAGAGUUCAUUACUGAUGUGGGCUUCUGGCACAUGAAGCGCCAGGAUCAUCCAUGUCUAAGAUGGACUUGGCAACAGCAGUGAAUGACCGCUUCAGGUAAGUAAAACCCAUCUUCCCCUACAUCUCUUGGCCACCGGACACCAAGCAGUAAGGUCGCCACUGGGAGGUCUUUGCAGACAAUAAAUAGACCCAAGAAGGUGACAGAGCCGCUUUAAAAUGCAAACAUUUAAGCAGCCUUUUUUUUUCCCCGCUGCUAAAGCAAAAAGAGGCAUUCACCCUUUCACUGCCUUCAGUUUCAUGUAAAUUAAUAUAACAAAGGAAAGCCUAACUGGGGCAAAAUGUUCCAUAGUUUAGGCAUUAUUUCUAUGCAAUGUUUUAGUUAUUCCAACUUUAGGGAUGCUAUUAUUAAAGACAUAUUUAUAUUGAGCACAGUUGGUGGAACAAAUUAUUUUUGUCAGAAUAUUUCAAAAGCUUGUGGGUUUUUUUAUUUUUUAUUCUCAUUUAAAAUUUUUGUUGACUUGUUUGACUACAUGUUGAAUCAGAAAUGAAUACGCAAAACUGUCAAUAUACUUGCAUAUAAUGUCAUGCUUUGAUAUAUUGCUUUUGCCCCAAAAAAAAAAAAGGUGGUAAGAAAACUAAAAAAAGUGUGUGUUUGUGUUUUCUUAAGCAAUCAUUAAAAUUAACAAUCUCGCAACUCAAA